AUGAAAGAACAGUACAUGAGGGACAGGGAUAUGGAUUCCUCAAAAAUAGAAAGAGAGGGCGACCUCCAACCGAACCGCUCUUCCACCUCGUCCCCCGACACCGACACCGACCACGGCCGGGAGUAUAAUGCUCUCCAGGCGCAAACAACCGCAGCAUCAGGGAUGUCCCUCGAACAGCGCGCGCAGUCUGUCAUCUCCAGAAUCCGAAGCCGAGAGCCUGGGCAAGUUGCGCGCUUUACGCAUCCGCUGUCGCAUACGAAAACGCGAGACGAUGUGAUCGUCGACUUUGAUGGACCCGACGAUCCUUACCGGCCGUUGAACUGGGGGUUUCGGAAGAAGGCGAUCACAACGGUUCUGUACGGACUAACAACUAUGGGCGCGACAUGGGCCAGUGCUAUUUACUCAACCGGCGCAGGCCAAGUCAGCUCAGAAUUCGGGAUAGGUGAGGAGGUCAGUACUUUGGGAACCACGUUAUUGCUCUUCGGGUUCGGCUUGGGUCCUCUCGUCUGGGCUCCCCUUUCUGAAGUCUACGGCCGCAAACCCGCCGUGCUGGGCCCUUACUUCAUAGCCGCGAUAUUCUCUUUUGGCAGCGCAACAGCCAAAGACGUGCAAACACUUAUGCUAACCCGCUUCUUCACGGGCUUCUUCGGCGCUGCCCCAGUCACAAACACCGGCGGCGUGCUCAGCGACAUCUGGACGCCCGAGGAGCGCGGCGCAGCUAUUGUCGGGUAUGCCAUGGCUGUCGUGGGCGGACCGGUUCUGGGACCCAUCGUUGGAGGCGCGAUUUCGCAGAGUUACCUGGGGUGGCGGUGGACGCAAUACAUAACGGGCAUAAUGAUGAUGUUCUUCCUAACCCUCGACAUCCUCUUCAUCGACGAAACCUACCCAAACACCCUCCUAGUCUACAAAGCGCAACGCCUACGCUUCGAAACCGGGAACUGGGCCCUCCACGCCCGCCACGAAGAAUGGGACGUGACUCUUAAAGAACUUGGGAACAAAUACCUGAUUCGCCCCUUCGCCCUCCUCACAACCCCCAUCUGCUUCCUCGUCGCCCUCUACGCCUCGUUCGUGUACGGCAUCCUCUACCUUUCCCUCGCUUCGUUCCCCGUCGUAUUCCAAGAGCUCCGCGGGUGGAACCAGGUCGUCGGCGCACUGCCGUUCCUCGCGUACCUGGUUGGGAUCCUCUUCGGCGCGGGCAUCAAUCUCGCGAACCAGAAAUUCUACAUCGCGCGCUUCAAAGCGAAUAAUAAUCGUCCUGUCCCGGAAGCACGUCUGCCGCCAAUGAUGCUGGGCUCGGUGGUUUUUGCCGGCGGCCUGUUCAUCUUCGGGUGGACGUCCCAGCUCGAUAUCCACUGGUUCCCGUCGAUGGUUGGCGGGGCGUGCAUGGGGCUGGGGUUCUUCACGAUUUUCCAGGCAGCGCUGAAUUACCUGAUCGAUACGUUCCAAUCUGUGGCUGCGAGUGCAGUUGCGGCGAAUACGUUUCUGCGCAGUGUCUUUGCCGGUUGUUUCCCGUUGUUUGCGACGGCCAUGUUUAGGAAUCUGGGGGUGCCGUGGGCGUCGAGUGUACUUGGUUUCGUCGCCAUUGCGCUGAUUCCGAUUCCAUAUCUAUUCUAUGUCUUUGGACCGAGAAUUAGGGCUAGGGGGAAGUGGUCGAGGGGCUCGGUUUAUUGA